AUGUCAUCUGUCACAAAUAUUGACUUUACAAGUUUCAUUUUCAUUUCAAAUAUUGAUCGUAGGUUGGAAAAAGGUGUCUAUUAUCUACACUCAUAACUGAAAAGUAUUUCUAAUCAAUUUUAUUCUAUAAUAAAUUUAACUAGAACUGUGUCAGUUCAAACUCUGUUUGUGGAUAGAGUAUUUUAUACCUGCAAUACAAACUAAAAAUUUUCAAAUUAUUUCUCAUUUAUUAAAAUGAUUAUUUGAAGAGAAAAUCUCGAUUUUCGAGGUAGUUUGACGUGAUCAUUUUGUCAAAGUGAAUAUGAACAGUAAUAAAAAGAUAGAAGAAGGAUUGGAGCAUAUAAAAAAUGCAGAGAAAAGUUUGAAAACUUCGUUAAUGAAAUGGAGACCUGACUAUGACAACGCAGCAGAUGAAUACAACAAAGCUGCCACUUGCUUCAGAAACGCUAAAGCAUUUGAUCAAUGCAAAAAUGCCCUUUUGAGAGCUGCCGACUGCCAUAAGCAGAACCGGGCAUUGUUUUAUGCUGCUAAAGCCUUAGAUCAGGCAAUUCUUGUCUCUAAAGAGCUUGGUGAUCUGAAAGACAUUCCUGAAUUGGCAGAAAAAGCUGCCAAUAUGUUUCAGACUCAAGGAAAUGGGGAAUCAGCAUCAUCUUCAUUGGAUAAGGCUGCUAAAAUAAUUGAGGCACAGUAUCCAGAAGAGGCACUCAGAUUAUUUCAACAUGCUGCAGAUGUUGCUUUGGUACAAGAUAAUAUAAGACAAGCUGCUGAGUACAUGAGUAAAGUUGCUAGAAUCCACGUGAAACUGAGAAAGUUUGAAGCCGCUGCUGAUGCAAUAAGAAGAGAAUUGGGUUUGAGGGAGCAGAGCGAGGCCUAUCAAUCUACUGGACGUUUAGCUGUUGCUCUGGUUUUAGUACAGAUUGCUAGAGGAGAUAUUGUAGCUGCAGAGAAAGCCUUUAAGGAAUGGGGCAACUAUUGUGAAGGUCCUGAAGUUCAAUGUUUGGAAAUGCUCCUUCAAGCAUAUGACGAGGAAGACCCAGAAGCUGCAAAAGUAGCACUCAACAAUCCUUUUAUAAAACAUAUGGAUGUGGAAUAUGCUAUUUUAGCAAGAGAUAUGCCUUUACCUGAACAAAGUCUUACUAUUGCAAAACCUGUGGUUAGGGAAAAUGCUCAAGCUGGUCAAUCUGCAAGUUCUGAUCAGUCAAAAGAUGGAAAUAAUGGAGAUGAAGAAGAUGAGGAUAAUCUAUGUUAGAAAUUUCAUUGGUGACCUUAAUGGUUAUUUAUAGAAAUUGCUAUAUUUUGAUGCUUCAUGUAUUCUGUUGAACUGAAACACCACUGUUUUAAUAAUAGCCUAAAGUUAAUAAUAAAUAAGAGAAGAAUUUUGACCAGAUGUUGAUUUGGAUGGAGAUACAAUUUUGAUGAAAGUUGUUGUUUUAUAUAUUACAUUAUUUUAUUAUAAAUUAUUAGUCACUAGGAUUAUUCAUAUCGUAUAAAGAAAGCUAUGCAUAAUUUUUGUUGAUUUUAACUGUUCAAUAAAAAUAUAAAUAAUG